GAGUUGUCAGGAAGAGUCAAGCAGCGAGAGGAAAUGGUUCCGUGUCUCCGUUCCUGGUGUUUCUCAUCUAAAUACGGUUAAUUUCACAGUCGUUUUGACUACCGUAUGCUUGUCUUAGUGAGAUUUGGAUUUAUGAAAACGACUAAAGACACUUUGAAGGGGCACAGAGACGCCUUGAUCGACUGAAACGUCUAAUGCUCUAAAAAGGAAGUAACUUGCCAGCUGUCUGGCUUGUUUGGAUCUGAAUGUCUUCUUCCUGGAUUAUGGAGUUCAGCAGGCAACUCUGUAUGAAGAUGAGGAAAAAUGGAAAGCCUCAAAUUUCCUUCCAGCCUCCUCCUUCCACUUCAGGCCUGCGGAUCCACUUUUAUUGUCAAGAAAUGAAACCGCUGGAGUUUCCCAAAGGCUCUCGGACUGCAGAGGACCUCUGUUUAAAAGCUGCCAAGAGGUGUGGUAUCUCACCGUUGUGCUCUAAUUUGUUCUGCCUGUAUGAUGAGGCCGACGGCACAUGGUAUGCUCCCAGCCAUGAGUUCCAGAUCACAGAGGAAUCAUGUAUCAAUCUGCACUUUCGCAUGAGGUUUUAUUUCAGAAACUGGCAUGGAACCACAGAGGGAGAGUCACAAGUCUGGAGACACUGCAUCAAUAAACUCAGAGGGCAAAGCCAGCAGAGGACACCAGAAGGAAUACCGCUGCUUGAUUGUGGUUCACUGGAAUACCUUUUUGCCCAGGGUCAGCAUGACUUUCAGGCGGGCGUUGUUCCAUUGAGGACUUCCCAAUCAGAAACGGAGCAACACGAGAUUGAGAAUGAAUGCCUGGGCAUGGCUGUGCUUGCCAUCACUCACCAUGCCAUGGUCGUGGAUAUGCCCCUGACAACUGCUUCCCGUGAAUUCAGUUACAAACGCUUCAUCCCAGAGUCUCUGAACGCCAACAUCAGGCAGCGCAACAUCCUCACACGCAUUCGGAUCAACAAUGUGUUCAAGAAGUUCUUAAGUGAAUUCAACAGCCGCACAGUCAAAGACAGCAACAUCAAGCUCUAUGAUCUGAAGAUCAAAUACUUGGCCACUCUGGAGGGGUUAACCAGCAGCCUGGGCAGUGAACUCUUUGAGCCAGUCACUCUCAGUGUAAUUCAAGAGGAAGACUUCUGCAACGGAGGUUAUUAUGGUUACAACAAUCAGAGCCAGAAUCAGAACACGGAGACAAACAAGGACAUGCAGGUGCUUGUCACCGGCACAACUGGCAUUUCCUGGAGAAAGAAACCAUUAGCAGUGUCUGGCAACUCCAAUGAAAAAGUGAAGGCAAAGAAGGUCAAGCAGGCUGGAAAGCAGAAGAUUGACAGAAAUAAAGACGCAAACGAAGGCUGGCUGGUGUUCUGUGACUUUCAUGAGAUCAUGCACACGGUCAUUAAAGAGGCAACGGUCACCAUCCAAAGACAAGACAACAAGAAGAUGAUUUUGAAAAUGAACUCCAGGGCAGAGGCUCUGUCUUUUGCAGCCCUUGUUGAUGGAUACUUCAGGCUGACUGUUGAUGCCCACCACUACCUGUGUAAAGAGGUGGCUCCACAAAGAGUGGUGUACAACAUUGAGAAUGGUUGCCAUGGCCCUAUCAGUACAGAGUAUAGUGUCCAGAAGCUGCGCCAAGAGGGCAAUGAGGAGGGCACCUACAUCCUGCGCUGGAACUGCACUGAUUACGAUUACAUCAUCAUCACUGUUGUCUGUCGGGAGAUCGACUUUACCGAAUCUCGGCCUCAGUAUAAAAACUUCCAGAUUGAAGUGAUGGACAAAGGGUAUCGCCUGUAUGGCACUGAGACUUCUCGGCCCACCUUAAAGGAGCUUCUGGAGCACCUGGAAGGACAAUGUCUUCGCACCGACAACCUUGAGUUCCAACUGCAACGCUGCUGCCCUCCACAACCAAGAGAGGUUUCUAACCUCCUGGUGGUGACCAAAGACAGACCACUGUUUCAGAAACCCACGUUGGAGAGUCAAGUUGUCUUCCAUCGCAUCCUUAAGGAGGACAUCGAACAGGAGGAGCACCUCGGUCGGGGCACAAAAACCAACAUCUACUCGGGCACACUGAAGGUGAAGAAUGAAGAAGAGGAGGACGCGGGUUACACGUCUUUCCAGGAGAUCAAGGUGGUCUUGAAAGUGCUUGGUUCUGGACACAGAGACAUCUCUUUGGCCUUCUUUGAAACAGCCAGCAACAUGCACAAAAUCUCCCACAAGCACAUUGUGUUGCUGUACGGAGUGUGUGUCCGUCACCAGGAGAACAUCAUGGUGGAGGAGUUUGUCCAACUGGGACCUCUGGACUUGUUUAUGAAGAGACAACAGACUCCGCUUAGCGCACCUUGGAAAUUCCAAGUGGCUAAGCAACUGGCCUCUGCUCUCAGCUACUUGGAGGACAAAAAGCUGGUUCAUGGCUACGUUUGUGCCAAGAAUGUUUUGGUAGCCAGAGAUGGACUGGAUUCAGAUGAAGGCGGGCCUUUCAUCAAGCUCAGUGACCCAGGAAUACCAGCUACAGUGCUCUCCAGAGAGGAGUGCGUGCAUCGAAUCCCCUGGAUCGCUCCCGAAUGUCUAAAGAAUGCGUCUCUGAGUGUGGCAGCAGACAAAUGGGGUUUUGGUACCACCCUGUGGGAGAUCUGCUUCGAUGGAGAAGUUCCUCUCAAAGACAAGAAGCUUAUCGAGAAAGAGAGGUUUUAUGAAAUGGAGUGCCAGCUGGUCACCCCCGACUAUGAAGAGCUUGCUGAACUCAUGACCAAGUGCAUGAACUACGACCCCAAGAAGAGACCCUUCUUCAGGGCCAUCGUCAGAGACCUGGACAUGACCGAGCCGGGGAAAAUGGACGUGUUCUUCAGAUCCAAACACCAGACCGGGGUGGACCCAACCGUCUUUGAAAAACGAUUUCUGAAGAUGAUCAGAACCCUGGGGGAGGGGCAUUUUGGGAAGGUGGAGCUGUAUCGCUAUGAUCCUCGGGAGGACCGAACGGGCGAGCUGGUGGCGGUGAAAUCCCUGAAACCAGACAACCGGGAAGAACAGAGCAACAACCUUUCCAAAGAGAUCGAAAUCCUGAAGGCGCUUUACCACAAAAACAUCGUCAAGUACAAAGGCAUCUGCCAAGAAGAAGGCGGCCAAUCCAUUAAGCUGAUCAUGGAGUACCUACCACAGGGUAGUUUGAAGGACUAUCUACCACGACACAAAAGUGGGACCAGCCUCUUCACUCUGCUGAGCUACUGCAUCCAGAUAUGCCAGGGUAUGGAGUAUUUGGGAUCUAAAAACUACAUCCAUCGUGACCUGGCUGCCCGGAACGUGCUGGUGGAAAACGAGCAGACGGUGAAGAUCGGAGAUUUCGGCCUCACCAAGAGCAUCAAAGACAACGAGGGGUACUACACCGUCAAGGAUGAACUGGACAGCCCUGUUUUCUGGUACGCCCCAGAGUGUCUGACUCACUGCAAGUUUUACCUGGCUUCAGAUGUUUGGUCCUUUGGGGUGACGAUGUAUGAAAUCAUCACCUACUGCGACUCCUCCAAGAGCCCCAUGACGGUUUUCCUCAAUAUGAUCGGUCAGACUCACGGCCAGAUGACGGUCAUGCGCUUGGUGAAGAUGCUGCAGGAUGGGAGAAGGCUGCCACGCCCAGACAGCUGUCCUACUGCUGUUUACAACCUGAUGAUGAGGUGCUGGGAGCAGCAGCCCGAGAGGAGAAUCGCCUUCAGCCGUCUGAUUGAUGAGCUGUCCAUCCUGCAGCAGCAGCAGCAGCAGCUUCAGCACCAACACCAGCUGUGAAGGCUUGACCGUCGGAGCCUCGGGAGUGACGCUGGCCUCGCCGGCUGACGGGGAAACAAACUGAUCCCAGGUCAGCAUCUGCUUUGUGCAGCUUCACUGCUCAGGAACAGACUCCAAGCCGCAGCUUCAGCAAACUCCCACGGAAACCUUCCACGACCAUCAUAGAAAAACUAAAGUCUAGCCUUAACUUUAGUUUACCAUAGAUUUUUAUUUUUUGAGGGUUUCUAAUCCUGAAGAAAGGAAAUCCAAACACCUUAGAGCGUUCCAAAUGUGAGUCGAUAUUUUUAUUUUUGUUUUUCGUGAAUUGUCAAACUUAUGAGGACUCCUGCAGCUCGCUGAGGAUGUAGCGAUCAGUUCAUCACUGAUCGAUGUUUGAGAUGGAGACCGAGCAGAGAAGACUGGCUGUUAGUGGCAGACUGGUGGUUCAGUGCCACUGCUGAUUUAUGGACUCAUAAGGGAAACGCUGCCCACCAUCUAUCUAUGUAAAUAUGUAUGUGUAAGUAUCAUGAUUGAUAUGCAUCACUGUGCCUGGAUUUACUGUUCAUGAUGUGCAAAUGCAGCUGGGGAGAGGUGGGAUUCAAUUAGAGCCAGUACAGUCAGCAGGAUACUUUCACUGCUCUGUUCUUAAAGAGCAAGUCACCCCCUACCAGAGUCUAACUCCACUCCCACUUCAUGUUUGAAAAAUGCAACACAUGCUGUUAAGUGGCAGACCGAGAGGGCGGAGCCACUAACAAAUACACACACACUCAGGCUCACGACAGCAUUGUGACAUCAUAAUGUACCAGUUUACAUCAUAGCAUACUUCUUAGCCAAUAACGGUGGCAGAUUUAAAUUGAAAUACAGUGCAGAGUUUUUACCUGACAACGGCACAACACUGCCAGUUUUAGGCAGAAUAUUUAAAUUUUAACUAAGAUGCACUGAAGUGCCAAAUUAUUGACGACACGUGUCUACAGCACGAUUAGACACUCAUUUAUUUAGUUUAUCAGCAAAAAAAAAUGUUUAUUUGGAGGUGACUUGCUCUUUAAAAAUCAUAACUGUGAUGUUUGGAUUGGACUAUAAACAAAAACCGCAGCAUCUUUUGUGCUGCAUAGGAUUUUCUAGUUUCAGAAAUGUUACUUUUACCUAAAGUGAACGUGUUUUAGCUGCGUUUGCACAGGAACAUAGACCUCUUUGAACUUUUGCAUUAUUAUAACCAAAUGGAGCUUUUAUGUGAUCAGCUGGCCCUACCUACUGGAGACACUUGAGGGCAGUAGAACUUCACUAUGUAGCUUUACAUUCAUCUGUUUAGUUAAGAUGCUUUAAAGAUUUGCACCGACACACAAAUCUCAUCAAAAGUCGUAAUUAUGCGUCUGAGUUUUGUCCUUUUUCUGCAAACUUGCCAAUAUUUGAGAGAAUAUAAAAAUGUGUAUCUAUG